UCGGAGCACUUCAAGACGACGUCGCAGAAGGUGGCCCGCAGGUACUGGUGGAAGAACCUCAAGCUGCUGCUCAUUCUGGGCCUGGUGGGUGUCAUCAUCCUCAUCCUCAUCAUCCUGCUGGCCACGGGCGUCAUCCCCACCUAGGGG